AUGGCAAAAGACACAGUCUCUUUAUUUUUGUGCUUAUUAUUGUUGAUAAACCAUUGUCAACCAAAAGAUAUUGUUGAUAACAGUCAAUAAAAUAUGGAAAGAAGAAAAAAGUUGUGAUAAUUGUAUUAUUUUAGCAAUUUACGAUAAAAUAUGAAUAGAGAGAGUCUAUUGUAAAUUGAUUAAUAGAUAAGAAGCUUUUUAAUUUCAGAGAAUGUUCUUAGCAAUAAUAAAUAGAAAGUAUAGAUUACUAAAGAAAAACUAUUUGCUAAUGAAGAGAUUAGAAAGUAAUUAGAAAAUACAGGUGAAAUUAUUGAUAAUGGACAAUAGUUAAUUGAUAAUGUUUUGGACAAUUAGGAUGAAUAAUUUUAAAAAUAAAUAGAAAAUAAUUUAGUGAAUAAAUUUAAUUAAAAAUUUGUUUAAGAUGACAAUGAAAAUUAAGAGAAAUAAAAUGUUUAGAGUAAAAAGUAAGGUAUGAGUAAAUAGGAUAAUUUAAGCAGUUUUAAGAAAAUAAAUAAAAAUUAUUUACUGUCAGAUUAAUUACAGGGAGAAUUUAAUCUAAUAAUUGAAGAAUGGUAAUAGUAAGAACAUGACUAAGAAAUUUAGGAUGAACAUAUUGUUGAAGUAACUUAAGAGAAUCCUCCAGCCGAAGAAACUAAAGAAGAACCACAAGCUGAAAAAACUAAAGAAGAACCACCAGGUGAAGAAACAAAAGAAGAACCACCAGGUGAAGAAACAAAAGAAGAUCCUCCAGCAGAAGAAACAAAAGAAGAACCACUAGCUGAAGAAACAAAAGAAGAACCACCAGCUGAAGAAACAAAAGAAGAACCACUAGCUGAAGAAAGUUAAGAGGAUCCUCCAGCUGAAGAAACUAAAGAAAAGCCACCAGCUGAAGAAACUAAAGAGGAUCCUCCAGCCGAAGAAAGUAAAGAAGAACCACCAGCUAAAGAAACAAAAGAAGAUCCUCCAGCAGAAGAAACAAAAGAAGAACCACUAGCUGAAGAAACAAAAGAAGAACCACCAGGUGAAGAAACAAAAGAAGAUCCUCCAGCAGAAGAAACAAAAGAAGAACCACUAGCUGAAGAAACUAAAGAGGAUCCUCCAGCUGAAGAAACUAAAGAAAAGCCACCAGCUGAAGAAACAAAAGAAGAUCCUCCUGCAGAAGAAACAAAAGAAGAACCACCAGCAGAAGAAACAAAAGAAGAACCACUAGCUGAAGAAAGUUAAGAGGAUCCUCCAGCUGAAGAAACUAAAGAAAAGCCACCAGCUGAAGAAACUAAAGAGGAUCCUCCAGCCGAAGAAAGUAAAGAAGAACCACCAGCUGAAGAAACAAAAGAAGAACCACCAGGUGAAGAAACAAAAGAAGAUCCUCCUGCAGAAGAAACAAAAGAAGAACCACCAGCUGAAGAAACAAAAGAAGAACCACCAGCUGAAGAAACUAAAGAAGAACCACCAGCUGAAGAAACUAAAGAAGAACCACCAGCUGAAGAAACUAAAGAAGAACCACCAGCUGAAGAAACUAAAGAAGAACCACCAGCUGAAGAAACUAAAGAAGAACCACCAGCUGAAGAAACUAAAGAAGAACCACCAGCUGAAGAAACUAAAGAAGAACCACCAGCUGAAGAAACUAAAGAAGAACCACCAGCUGAAGAAACUAAAGAAGAACCACCAGCUGAAGAAACUAAAGAAGAACCACCAGCUGAAGAAACUAAAGAAGAACCACCAGCUGAAGAAACUAAAGAAGAACCACCAGCUGAAGAAACUAAAGAAGAACCACCAGCUGAAGAAACUAAAGAAGAACCACCAGCUGAAGAAACUAAAGAAGAACCACCAGCUGAAGAAACUAAAGAAGAACCACCAGCUGAAGAAACUAAAGAAGAACCACCAGCUGAAGAAACUAAAGAAGAACCACCAGCUGAAGAAACUAAAGAAGAACCACCAGCUGAAGAAACUAAAGAAGAACCACCAGCUGAAGAAACUAAAGAAGAACCACCAGCUGAAGAAACUAAAGAAGAACCACCAGCUGAAGAAACUAAAGAAGAACCACCAGCUGAAGAAACUAAAGAAGAACCACCAGCUGAAGAAACUAAAGAAGAACCACCAGCUGAAGAAACUAAAGAAGAACCACCAGCUGAAGAAACUAAAGAAGAACCACCAGCUGAAGAAACUAAAGAAGAACCACCAGCUGAAGAAACUAAAGAAGAACCACCAGCUGAAGAAACUAAAGAAGAACCACCAGCUGAAGAAACUAAAGAAGAACCACCAGCUGAAGAAACUAAAGAAGAACCACCAGCUGAAGAAACUAAAGAAGAACCACCAGCUGAAGAAACUAAGGAAGAAAAACCAUCUGCUGAUAGUUCAAAUGAUGAACUACAGGCUGAACAAAACCCAAAGGUAGAAGAAUAAAUAAUGCCAGAAGAAGAAAUUACAACAGAAGAAGUUAUAUCAGAAGAAUCUAAACUAGAAGAAGAUGCUUAAGACCAAAAAAAAACAUAAACCUAAAAGGAAGCUGAAGCUGAAGAAUAGAAUGAAGAAGAAACUGCUUAAUAGGAAACAUAAGCCCAGCAAGAUACAAAACCUGAAUAAAAAGGUGAAGAGGAAGAAACCUAAGCAGAAGAGGAAACAUAAGCCUAGCAAGAAACAAAACCUGAAGAAGAAGAAGAAGAAGCUCAAGCAGAAGAGGAAACAUAAGCCAAGCAAGAAACAAAACCUGAAGAAGAAGAAGAAGCUCAAGCAGAAGAGGAAACAUAAGCCCAACAUGAAAAAAAACCUCAAGAGGAAACUUAAGCUGAAGAAGAAGGUGAAGAAGAAUCUUAAGCUGAAGAAAAAACAAUAGUCAAAGAGGAAACAUAAGCCAAGCAAGAAACAAAACCUGAAGAAGAAGAAGAAGCUCAAGCAGAAGAGGAAACAUAAGCCCAACAUGAAAAAAAACCUCAAGAGGAAACUUAAGCUGAAGAAGAAGGUGAAGAAGAAUCUUAAGCUGAAGAAAAAACAAUAGUCAAAGAGGAAACAUAAGCCAAGCAAGAAACAAAACCUGAAGAAGAAGAAGAAGCUCAAGCAGAAGAGGAAACAUAAGCCCAACAUGAAAAAAAACCUCAAGAGGAAACUUAAGCUGAAGAAGAAGGUGAAGAAGAAUCUUAAGCUGAAGAAAAAACAAUAGUCAAAGAGGAAACAUAAGCCAAGCAAGAAACAAAACCUGAAGAAGAAGAAGAAGCUCAAGCAGAAGAGGAAACAUAAGCCCAACAUGAAAAAAAACCUCAAGAGGAAACUUAAGCUGAAGAAGAAGGUGAAGAAGAAUCUUAAGCUGAAGAAAAAACAAUAGUCAAAGAGGAAACAUAAGCCAAGCAAGAAACAAAACCUGAAGAAGAAGAAGAAGCUCAAGCAGAAGAGGAAACAUAAGCCCAACAUGAAAAAAAACCUCAAGAGGAAACUUAAGCUGAAGAAGAAGGUGAAGAAGAAUCUUAAGCUGAAGAAAAAACAAUAGUCAAAGAGGAAACAUAAGCCAAGCAAGAAACAAAACCUGAAGAAGAAGAAGAAGCUCAAGCAGAAGAGGAAACAUAAGCCCAACAUGAAAAAAAACCUCAAGAGGAAACUUAAGCUGAAGAAGAAGGUGAAGAAGAAUUUUAAGCUGAUGAAGAAGCUCAAGCAGAAGAGGAAACAUAAGCCCAACAUGAAAAAAAACCUCAAGAUGAAACUUAAGCUGAAGAAGAAGGUGAAGAAGAAUUUUAAGCUGAUGAAGAAGCUCAAGCAGAAGAGGAAACUUAAGUCCAACAGGAAAAAAUACCUCAAGAGGAAACUUAAGCUUAAGAAGUAGGUGAAGAAGAAUCUUAAGCUGAAGAAGAAACAAAAGUCAAAGAGGAAACAUAAGCCUAGCAAGAAACAAAACCUGAAGAAGAAGAAGAAGAAGCUCAAGCAGAAGAGGAAACAUAAGCCAAGCAAGAAACAAAACCUGAAGAAGAAGAAGAAGCUCAAACAGAAGAGGAAACUUAAGUCCAACAAGAAAAAAAACCUUAAGAGGAAACUUAAGCUGAAGAAGAAGGUGAAGAAGAAUUUUAAGCUGAUGAAGAAGCUCAAGCAGAAGAGGAAACAUAAGCCCAACAGGAAAAAAAACCUCCAGAGGAAACUUAAGCUUAAGAAGUAGGUGAAGAAGAAUCUUAAGCUGAAGAAGAAACAAAAGCCAAAGAGUAAACGCAAGCUCAACAGGCUGAAUAAGAAGUACAAAUUGAAGAGGAAACAUAAGCCCAACAAUAAACAGAACCUGAAGAAGAAACUAAAGCUGAGAAAGAUCCUGAAGUUGAAUCAGAAAUUAAAAAAGAAGAGGAAGCUUAAAAACCAGAGGAAGAGCAACCAAAGCCUGAAAAUGAGUUAAAAGAUGACAAUUAAGAAAAUUAAUAAAGGGAACCUGAUUCUGAACCUGAGAUAAAUAGUGACCCUGUAUCUGAAGCUGAAAAAGAAAAUGAAACUGCUUCUUAAGAUGAUUAGCAAAAUGAAGUAGAAUAAAAUAAUGAACCUUAAGAGAGUUAAACAUAAGUUGAUACUGUUAAUAAGUAAGAUGACGAGCCAACUGAUUCGAAACCUUCCGAUGGUGAAAAAGAAAAAAAGGGUGAUGAAGAUGAUAAUGAUUUUGAUUAAUUAGCCUUGGCUCCAGAAGUUGAUUUGGCAAAAUAAAAAGCAGAUGCAUUCGAAGGGGAUAAGCAAAUAUUAAAAUAUGGUUAUCAAUUAGGAAUAUUGAUUACAGUAAUAUUCUAUUUGGCUUUAUGA